GUGAAAUGUUCGAAAAAAUAUUAGACAACGUAAAUAAAAAUGAGUAGCUUUGUUUUUCUUGUACCAUUUCUUCCGCAAUCGUAAUUUUAUAUAAUAUUACUGCAAGCAGAACGAUUAAUUUUAUAACACGAUGCCACCAAAAAGCAAUAAAAGUACUAAAAGCGCUAAAAGCACUAAAAGUGAAAGACCAUCAGUAACUCAAUCAGUACCCGAAUCAACAACAACAGGAAAUACAUAUUUGGCAUCAAGUGAUAAUAGUAUUUUUAUUCCACGGUGCGUAAGUCUUUCGGUGCAUCUAACAGGUGCACCCCCAACUCAGGUAGAAUAUUUAUUCAUUGUACUGUUUCACGGGGCGAUAAUAAUGGAAGAAAAAUGGGAAAAUGACACAGUAUAUGAAGCUAAACCCUUACCCAUAGACCUAAAAAACCCACAUGACGAGAGGAUUGUUUGUUCAAAACCGCUUAUCUUAUUGAUGCGAACUACUGGAGGGAAGGGUUCGAAGGAACCGGAUCCUUUAUGCCACCCCGACAAUCGAGCUGGUGCAACAGUUGAUAUGUUUCCAUUAGUAUUGGGUGAGGAAGAAGUAUUCACUAAAGUGUAUAUGUAUUCGAUAGCCACCGGAGAGCGGUUCUCCGAUUGUACCGUCCAAGUCCGUGUCCUCUCGCCGGGCUCGAGAGAUGAUGAUUUGAUACCUCUUACGAUUACUAUGCUAUCGAUACAUUGUUUGCCGCAAGCCAGAGAUAAUACAGUCUACAUGAGCGCCAUAGGCUUAAAUGGAUUACAAAAACCAAAAGUUGUUAAUUUUCUUAAAUCUUUGAGUAACGCUGACGCUAAAAAAGUUGUGUGGGCAUCAGAGGUUACGGCAGGUCACAUUACAGAUACAGCUAUAAAUAUUAUUCAUGAUGAUAAAUUUAUUCCUUCAGAUUUAAAUCCUCAAACAGGGCCAAACUGUAGGUCUUUUUAUUGGAAUGCUAUGAAAAGAGUUAUGGUCGACCCAGAACAACUUCGGGAAAGAUUAUCUUCACCUUUCUUCAUAGACGUGGCUGGUGUACCAAGAAUUGGUAAAGUAGAAGUGAGAGGUAGAUACAUGGGGUUCGUUGACGCUAGAGUAUUGUUGGAACCAGGCCAGAGAACAGUCACUGUUUGCUCAAAAUUAACAUAUUUUAUCGAGGCCAAUAUACCGGAUCACAUAGGCCCUUUAUUAGACAUUCCUCCAACCAGUGCGAAACCAAGCACGCGAGACACAGAUCAGGUGUUAGACGAACAUGGCCACAAUGCAUAUGUUAUUACACGGUUUGAUUUAACAGAGCCUCUGGUUUUUAAACUAAAAAUAGAAGAACUUUAUUCUACAAUUGGUUUUCCUUUACCUCAAGAUUCUACUGCACCGAGGACUGAAGCAAAUACCAGCAUAACACCGGAUGAAAUUACGAUAGAUGCAAGGCAAAUCAGAGUAGAAGCAGGUGCUCUUGCAGUUCACAAGGAACUUAGUGGCUUAGCUUGUAAAGGCGUGGUCCCAAUGACCCAAGGCAUAAGAAGAACUGCUGCAAAUCGUUUGCUACUCAGAGUUAGAGCGAUGCUAAAAUCUUUUCCACCGGGUGAUUGUUCGUAUAUUGAUUGGCAAGAUACGGUGACAGGACAACAUGCUGCCAGCAGACGCGCAGUCACGGCGUCUUUUGCUCCUCAGCCACCAAAACCCCGAAUACCCGAGAAGGUAGCAGCAUCAAGAAGCCGCAUCGCUGGAGACAUCAGGGUGGCUGAAGAACUUGUGAAGACGAACGUCGAAACCGCAGGGUGUAACCCUCGAUUAUUCUUGGCCUUGACUUUACGUUCAUUAGAGGAACGCCAUGACAUGCAAGCUAGGAAUUACUUACUGGAAGCUUUGAGUAUCGAGACUAGGAACAGAUUUUUAUUAUGGAUACUGGGUGCUUUAGAAUUUGAUCAAAGUGCAGAUUUGGCUACGGUUGGGGGUGCUGCUUUCCGUAUUGCUGUAAAGGGAGACAGUUCAGAUGGUACUGCCAACGCCAUCGGUUGGGCUGCUUUACAUGCUUUUCAUCAUUACCACGGAAACCAGUAUGCUGCUUUUGUAGCAGCAAAGAAAAUGAGAAAAUCGUUUUCUCUCCCUAGAGAGUGGGGUAAGAUUAUUGAUCGUUGGGUGGACACCAGCGGCGAAGAAGAAAUAUUCUGGUCACCAACUGUUAUAGAAUCUAACAAUCCUAUAUUAAUCGCAGCUGCUUUCUUUCUAUGUCUUAAAUGCUUUAAAUUUACAGAGCGGCUUUUGCGAUGUGUUGAACAAGGAUGUGCAAAACGUGGCUGCUUUAAUUCGAACUUUAAGACAGGUCCUGAUAUAUUUUACAUUCGGGCCGCCUCUCUGAUAUUAAGGAAUCAGUUUGAGAAAGCGCUGGAAAUGACACUUGAAGGAAUCAAGAGAUACGGACCUUCACCCAUUAUGUCUCAAAUGCGAGUCACUUGUUUGACUUGUAUACGUAACUGGGAUUCUGAAUGUCAUCGAGCUAUGGUGGAAUCUGAAAAAGCUGGUUCAAAACUGUGCCCGUCCCUUCUUUAUAAAUCCGCAUUGUCUAUGUUUAAAGUAAAUCCUAAUGAAGCGUUGCAGCGAGCGGCGCGUGCUCAUAAACAAGCUCCGUCAGCAUACACGGCCCUUCUUAUUGGGCGGAUUCAGGCUAGACUAGGUGAGGACUGGCUCGCGGAGCGCUGGCUAGCCGCUGCUGUGAAGUUGGAGCCGUUGUUAGCAGAUGGUUGGGCUAUGUUGUGUCUCCUAGCGAUGUACAACAGGAACCUCCCGAAGGCCAGGGCCAUGCUGCGCUCGGCGCGCCAGGCGGGCCCCAUCAGCCCUGACAUUGAGAGCGAAAUGCUUCGGGUCAUGGAUAUGGUGAAGCUGGAUCGGCUGCCAGAUUUCCUCGUUAAAAACCUUUGCCUGUGUGAUUAUUUUUAAUUUAAUGUUAUUUUUAGCUUCUUAUAAUAAAUUAUGAUUAUACGGAA